AUGAAAACUGAUAUAUCAGAUGACCUUCGGGAGAUCAGCGACUCACACAAGACAGCAGUGAUUAACAAUGAACUGCUGAGGCUCCAAGUGGACAUCGCAAUGCUCCAAGAGACACGUCUCGCAGAAUCGGGAACCUUACGUGAGAGAGACUAUACCUUCUUCUGGAAGGGCAAGGGUUCAGAUGAGACCAGAGAGCAUGGUGUCGGCUUUGCAGUGAAGAACUCGCUGCUGAAGAUGGUGGAGCCUAGCGAGAAAGGGACGGAGCGGAUUUUCUCACUACGACUCCACACAUCCGACGGUCCUGUCAACCUCGUCAGCGUCUAUGCCCCAACCCUCUACUCUACACAAGACGCGAAGGACGAGUUCUACGAUCAGUUCUCAAUGACAAUACAGGAAAUCCCAAGUCAGGAACAGUUGCUGCUACUUGGCGACUUCAACGCCAGAGUGAGCGCCGACCACGACUCCUGGCCAAGCUGCCAGGGGUGGUACAGGUUUGGCAACAUGAAUGAUAACGGGCAACGACUGCUUGAGCUUUGCAUGCUCCACGAAUUGUGUGUCACUAACACCUACUUCCAGACCAAAGCUCAGCAUAAAGUGUCCUGGAGACAUCCCCGCUCAAAACAUUGGCAUCAGCUAGACUUGAUAAUCACAAGACACCGCCACCUGAGAAACAUGCUCAUGACACACUCCUUUCAGAGUGCCGACUUUGACAUGGACCACUCUCUGGUUUGCUGCAAGAUCAGACUUCAGCCAAAGAAGAUGCACCAUGCCAAGCCUCCAGGCAGGCAAUGCAUCGACGCUAGUAAGACCCAACACCCAGACAAAGCGGCGGAGUUCAUCAAAUCACUGGAGGACGCUCUCCUUGCAGACCCACCAGAAUGGGAUGCUCGGCAGAGAUGGGAAUCUCUCAGGGACACUAUCCACAGCACUGCACUCAAGGCCUUCGGGAAGAAACAGGGCAAAACACAGGACUGGUUCGAAGCGAGCUCAAGUAAACUCACCACUGUCAUCGAGGCAAAGGGUGUUGCACUAAUAAAGCAUAAACGCCACCCCACCCAGGCAACAAUGCAAGCGCUAAGGAUAGCAAGAAACAGGGCUCAGAAAACAGCCAGACGCUGUACAAAUGACUACUGGCUACAACUCUGCGAAAGCAUCCAGUCAUCAUUUGACACAGACAACAUCCGUGGAAUGUACGAGGGGAUCAAGAAAGCCAUCGGUCCAACCCAGAGCAAGUCAGUACCACUGAAAACCAAAACAGACGAGACCAUCAAAGAUAAAGGCAAGCAGAUGGAGAGAUGGGCGGAGCAUUACUCCGAACUCUACUCCAGGGAAAACAACAUCUUGGAUAACGCGCUAGACACCAUGGAUUGCCUGCCUAUCAUGGAGGAACUGGAUGCACUGCCGACUGCCGGAGAGCUGAGUAAAGCCAUCGACAGCCUACCCACUGGGAAGGCACCUGGAUUGGACGGCAUUCCACCAGAGGCCAUCAAGUGCGCAAAGGGUGUCCUACUAAACCACCUGCACGAACUACUCUGCCAGUGCUGGAAAGAGGGAGCAGUGCUGCAGGACAUGAGAGACAUUGCCACCCUACAUAAGAACAAAGGGGACAGAAGUGACUGUAACAACUACAGGGGGAUCUCUCUGCUGAGCAUCGUCGGGAAAGUUUUCGCCCGUGUGGUCCUGAACAGACUGCAGAAAAUCGCCGAAAGGGUAUAUCCCGAAUCUCAGUGUGGCUUCAGGUCAGAACACUCUACAAUCGACAUGAUCUUUUCCCUUCGACAGCUACAAGAGGAAUGCAGAGAGCAAAGACAACCACUCUAUGUUGCUUUCAUUGACCUCACAAAGGCCUUCGACCUUGUGAGCAGAGACGGCCUGUUCAGGAUCCUCACCAGGAUUGGUUGUCCCUCGAGGCUCCUCAGGAUAGUUCAGUCAUUCCACACAGAUAUGAAAGGCGUGGUUCAGUUUGACGGCUCUUCUUCGGAGGCCUUCAACAUCCGCAGCGGUGUGAAGCAGGGCUGUGUGCUUGCCCCCACCCUGUUCGGCAUCUUCUUCGCAGUCAUGCUGAAGCACGCCUUUGGAACAUCAACAGAUGGUGUCUACCUCCACACCAGAUCGGAUGGGAAGCUGUUCAGUCUGUCUUGGCUAAGGGCGAAAACCAAGGUUCGCGAAGUACUCAUCAGGGACAUAUUGUUUGCA